AAACGAAAUAGAAACGAAACACUGAAACAGUAGGGAAACCGAAACGGUUCAAGUUGUGCUUUGUGUUUGUUGUGCCGGCUGUUUGAAAAUUCCUUGAUUUAAUCAAUAAAACGCAAGAAUGUUGCAAAGCGACGAUGUCAAGGAUGAAGAUUUGCCGGCGAACACGCUCGAGCUAUUCUCCGAACUGGACCAAGUGCUGGCCAUGAUUGACGCCAUGAAGCCCAUACAAGACCGAAGCUUUGAGCAUGAGUUUGAGCAAUACACCGAAGUCUUGUCGCGCUACCAAGAGCAGCCCCAUCUGCUGGAUCCCCAUUUGGAGUUGCUGCUUUCGCGCCUCCUAGGCAAAAUCCGACAAUCGGAGUCGCCAGCUGGUGAACGAGAUGCCGCAUUCAAGUAUUUGUAUAUUAUUAGCAAAGUGCGCACCUAUAAAGUGCUUGUCAAGUUUAUGCCCCACGAACUGAGCGAUCUGGAAUUUGUACUGCAACUGCUGAGUCAACAGGAUCCCAAAGAGUUUGCCAAUUGGGAGACACGCUAUGUGCUGCUUCUCUGGAUGUCCAUCCUGGUACUCAAUCCCUUUCACAUGUCUCGCUUAGAUGCGUAUGCAACAACGCCUGUAAACAACUGUGUUGUAAACCAUGUGAAUGUACCGCAAGCUUCCUCCAAAAUGGAACGUAUCUUUGAGCUUUGCAAGCUGUAUGCAUCCACCAACGACACCUGCAGCAGCAUGGCUGCCUAUUUGUCGGCAAAGUAUUUUGUGCGUGCAGACAUCAAGGACUUGUACUUGGAGCGUUUUCUCGACUGGGUCAUUGAACAGCAUCAGGCUGACACCUUGCAGGUCAAGUUCGGUCAGCUGGCUGCUGUGGCAGCUAUACUAAAGCAUGGCAAGCGCGAGGAUCUGUUGCCAUAUGCGGACAAACUGUUGCAAUGGAUUGUGGCGUGUCAGUACAAGGAUGUCAAUGAUUUCCUCAAGUACAAAUACUACGUGAAGAUUGUGCAGCGUCUGGGGCUGGUGCAUAUGAAGCCACGCAUUGCCAGCUGGCGCUACAAGCGCGGCACACGCUCGUUGGCCACCAAUCUGGGGCAACAGUCAGGCGCUACUGGCAACGCUGCUGCAGUGUCUGGCGCUGAUGAUGAGGCUGCUGGCGAUGGGGAUGAGAUUGUCGUGCCUGAUGCUAUCGAAGAUGUGAUUGAGGAGCUGCUGCAAGCGUUGCGCAGCGGAGGGAACGAUGUGCGCUGGAGUGCGGCCAAGGGAUUGGGUCGCGUCACUAAUCGCCUGCCCAAGGAGCUAGCCGAUGAAGUGAUUGGCUCCGUGAUCGACAUACUUAAUCCACUGGAGCCGCAUGAGGCGUGGCAUGGCGGCUGUUUGGCUCUCGCUGAGCUCGCCAAGCGUGGACUGCUGUUACCUUACCGCUUGCGUGAGCUGGUGCCCUUGCUGAUGCAAGCGCUCUUCUAUGACGAGAUGAAAGGUUACAUGUCGGUGGGGCAGCACAUUCGGGAUGCCGCCUGCUACAUGUGCUGGGCCUUUGCACGCGCCUACAAUCCCGAUGAUCUCAAGCCAUUUGUGCAACAGAUCUCAUCGGGUCUACUAAUUGUAGCCGUCUUUGAUCGCGAGAUCAAUUGCCGACGUGCGGCGUCGGCGGCUUUCCAGGAGAGCGUGGGUCGUCUGGGCAAUUUCCCCUAUGGUAUUGAGAUCUCCACCACCACGGACUUUUAUUCCGUGGGCAUACGACAGAGUUCUUAUCUAAACAUCAGCGACUUUAUUGCACAAUACGAAGAGUAUCGCCAGCCGUUGAUUGAUCAUCUGGUACAGCGUAAAGUGGGACAUUGGGACUCGGCCAUUCGCGAACUCACAGCCAAGGCGCUGCAUAAGCUAACGAAUCGAUCUCCCUUGUACAUGGCUGCUGUGGUCAUGCCACAGCUGCUGGCCAAAACGGAUACCAUUGAUGUGAAUGCUCGCCAUGGCUGUGUGCUGGCCAUGGGUGAAAUUACGCUGGCUCUCAGGCAAUUGGAGCUGACAUCCGCUGCAGAAGGUACCGUUUAUCUGUCCAAUCAACGCAUUGCCGAGUUGAACGAACUGAUUCACACAUUUCUCGAGCGUUGCUGCUAUCGCGGCAUGAGCGGCGAGCUGAUGAAGCAAUGCACUGCGAACUUUAUACGCAACUGUAGUUUGGCCAAGCUGCCCGUUACUGAACAGUGUUUAGGCAGCUGGCAGACUGUUAUCGACAUGUGCCUAGUGUCCAAAACGACACAAAUCCGAGAAUAUGCCGUGGAUGCGCUAGCUGAACUCUGCACUGCCUACUACUGUGAAUCCUCGCGCCACACUGAAAAUGAGCUUGUUAUCAAUGCGUAUUUGAAGGGCGCCGACAAUGAUUUAGAGGAGCACAUACGCAUGGGAUACCUAGCUGCGUUGGGUGUGCUACCCGCAUUUAUGCUGCGACCACACUUGAGCGCUGUGCUGGACAAUCUGGUGAAGCAUUCGCUGCCACCACAAGUGGCGCACGAGGAACACGAGAAUGUGCAAACCUAUCGCUGGAGCGAGGCACGCAAGGAGAGCGUGCAUGCUCUAAGGAAACUGGUUCAAACUGUGGGAUACGAAAUGAGCACCGGAGAUUCGUUUGGCAAUCGCCAGCACUUCAACAAAGUCAUUGAAUGUCUACUGCAGGGAUUGGAUGAGUACACUUUAGACAAUCGUGGCGACAUUGGCGCUUGGGUGCGUGAGGCAGCAAUGACGGCACUAUACGAAAUUAUCACACAAUGUCCCAAGGAACUGUUGUUGCCACAGCACGUACAUCAAACAAUGGUUGGCUUCAUGCAACAGGCGGUGGAGAAAAUCGAUCGUACUCGUGGUCUGGCUGGACGUCUCUGUUGUCGCUUGAUACACGUCCAGCCAGCCAUUCCCCAUGUACGUGAUCACGAACGUCUGCUCGAAAUAUUCCCCAGCGAUGAGUCGUCGGUGCUCUGGUUGUUUGCGGAUCAUACAUUCCCCCUAUUUUGCGAGCUACUCGCUUUACCCGCUUAUUCAAAGCGAGUGAUGUUGGGUCUAAGCGCCAGCAUUGGACAACUCACAGAGUCACUGAUCAAAUACGCCUCCACAGCGCUCUUCCAGUUUAUGCGUUCGCAUGUGGAGAUGGUGCCACGUCUCUGCGCCGAAAUUGUGCAAAACUUUGAGGCACAUCUGCUAAACGAACGUGUCACGUAUCCCAUGCUUAGUUUCCUCGAACGCAUCAUCGCCUCUAGCACCAUUGAUGCAGUUUUGCAUGAUAAAUCAAAUCCGUUUGCCGAGGACAUAUAUCGUCUGCUUAAUCUGGAGGUCAAGGGCUACAAAAAACUUUACAAGACUGCGAGCAGCAUAAGCGCCUUUUGUCAACUCGUCCAAGUGCCUCGCUUGAGCAAGCGGGUGCUCUCCAAAAUGUCAGUAUUCCUUGGACUACAGCAUGUGCAUGUGCGCAAGACAGCAGCCACAAAAUUAUAUGAAGCCUUGGCGCUACACGGCGAUGUUACUGAAAUACCCGAAGAUAACAUGGAUGAAAUCCUCGCUUUGCUAUCCGAAACCGAUUGGACGUUGCCCUUGGUUGAGGUGCGACCGCUACGCAAUGAACUGUGCAAUCUCAUGGGCAUUAAGCCGCCAGUGAGCGGAGCAUCUGCUGCUGCUGUGGCCAAGACAUCAACUGUGCCCGAUAAAUAAGCUAAAAGAAUUUAAUUCCCUUUUUAUUUGACACGCACUUUUGCACAAACAUAAUAUAGCAUUUAUUUAUCUGCCUUGCUUAAUAAAUAUGAAAAAAUAUUAAACACCAAA